UCCCCUCUCCCUCUCUCUCUCUCUCUAAAGCAUGAAUCCUAUAGGCAAACUCAUCGGCUUGCAUGUUCGCCAGCUGAUGGCCGUAGCUACUUGGACCCUUAUUGUGUUGGCUUUCUCCCACAACUUCCUUACCCUUGCCACCAAAACAGAGGCAGAUGCUUUGCGUCGCAGUGGGUGGUGGCCUGACUUCAUUACAAGUAACACUUCCGUGUCGCAUUGCACGUGGCCUGGCGUUUCGUGCGACGCUUUUGGAAGCGUUAUUGAAAUAAACCUAACCCAACAAUUCAACUACCCUGUUUACUUGAGCAACAUAAAUUAUUCCUUGCUCCCCAAUCUCACCUCUCUUCAUUUGCCAAAUAAUUCCCUCUUUGAGAUCAUUCCCUUUCAGAUAUGUGCACUCCCAAAGCUCAAGUACCUCAACUUGUCCUACAAUUAUCUGACCGGUGAGUUGCCUCUUUGCCUUCAAAACCUUACCAUGCUAGAAGUUAUUGACAUUCAUGGUAAUCAAAUCUAUAGUGAUAUCCCUCCCAAAGUGGGAAGUUUGAAUAGGCUUAUCCACUUAGAUCUCGGUUAUAAUUUGCUUCGUGGCACAAUCCCUCCCGAAGUGGGAAGUUUGAAUAGGCUUAUCCACUUAGAUCUCAGUUAUAAUUUGCUUCGUGGCACAAUCCCUCCCGAAGUGGGAAGUUUGAAUAGGCUUAUCCACUUAGAUCUUAGUUAUAAUUUGCUUCGUGGCACAAUCCCUCCGACUCUAGCGAAUUUGAUGAACUUGACUCAUCUCUAUUUGCAACAAAACUCAUUAUAUGGAUCCAUUCCAUCGGAAAUAGGAUACUUAAAGAGUCUCGCUCAUCUUGAUUUGAGCUUCAACAACUUCUCUGGAAAAACCCCUCAUGAUCUCAAUCUUCAAAACAAUUCUCUUGACGGAUCUAUUCUUCCAGAAAUAAGUAAUUUGAAGAGCUUGAUUGAGUUGAGACUGUCCUCAAACUUCCUCACUUGCCCUUUCCCUCCAUCUCUAGCCCAUUUAACCAGCUUGUCGAUUCUAUAUUUAGAUGGAAAUAAAUUUGACUGUGCCAUACCAUCAGAAAUAGGAUACUUAAAGAGUCUCACUCACCUUGAUUUGAGCUUCAACAACUUCUCUGGAAAAAUCCCCCAUGAAUUUGAGAGUUUGGUCAUGUUAAGAUAUCUCAAUCUUCGAAACAAUUUUCUUGACGGAUCAAUUCCCAAAUUUAAGAAGUUGGUCAACUUAAGUUAUAUCGACUUGUCAAACAAUCAUCUCACAGGAAAUAUUCCAGGUAAUCUGCUCUAUGUUAAAUAUAUAGCACUCUCCGGCAAUGACGGUUUGGAAAAUAUUGAUGAUUCUGGGGGAAUGUCUAAAGUCAAAUAUGUGACAAUAUUUAUACCACUUAUGGCUAUUCCGUUCAUUUAUUUUUUUGCUGUUGGGUCUUGGAUCAUAUUUCAACGUAGAGCAAAGAGCAUGCAAUCGGAGACAAUAGAAAAAAAUGGAGAUUUCUUGUCCAUAUGGAAUUAUGACGGAAGAAUUGCAUAUGAAGACAUAAUCAAUGGAACAGAAGACUUUGACAUGAAAUAUUGCAUUGGGACAGGCGGUUAUGGUAGCGUCUAUAGAGCACAAUUGCCUAAUGGAAAAAUCGUGGCAUUGAAGAAACUUCACCAUCAUGAAGCAGAGGACCCAUUAUUUGAUAAGAGCUUCCAAAAUGAAGUGAAAUACUUGACCGAAGUACGGCAUAGAAGCAUAAUUAAGCUCCAUGGUUUUUGCUUACACAAACGAUGCAUGUUCUUGGUUUAUGAAUACAUGGAAAGGGGCAGUUUGUUUUGUGCUUUGAGAAAUGAUGUUGAAGCAGUGGAACUAGACUGGUCUAAACGACUCAAUAUUAUUUGGGAUAUGGCACAUGCCUUGUCUUACUUGCAUCAUGAUUGCACUCGGCCAAUUGUUCAUCGGGACAUAUCUAGCAACAACAUUUUGCUUGACAACAAAAUGCAAGCUUUCCUAUCUGAUUUUGGCACGGCAAGACUCAUAGAAACUAAUUUCUCAUCUAAUCUCACUGGAAAUAUUGUAGGCACUCAUGGAUAUAUAGCACCGGAGCUUGCUUACACUUUGGUCAUCAAUGAGAAAUGCGACAUAUAUAGCUUUGGAGUGGUGGCAAUGGAAACAAUAAUGGGUAAGCAUCCAGGUGAUAUCAUCUUAAAGUUGAUGACACUCUUCAAAGAAGAUAUUAUGCUACAUCAAGUAUUAGAUCUGCGCUUGCCAAUCCCAAGAGAGAAUUUCGUUGCAAGAAGUAUCUUUCUGGUAGUUUCUCUGGCGCUUGCUUGCUUAAAUAGUGAUCCAAAGUCACGGCCCACAAUGAAACAAGUUUCAGAAGCUUUUCAAGCUCCAAAAUUAGUGUUGCCCAAGCCCUUCCAUUCAAUCUCGCUUACGCAGCUCCAAAAAAUUAAUCAAGAAGUGUGGUGGGAAAGUGGAUCAAAAGAAGCCUCGUCGAGCAUACAAGAAGAGCAAGGACCGUGAAGUAUUUGCCCCGAUGCUAACAAUAAAUUCCAACCAGUGAAGAUUUGAUUGACAUGAAUGAUGCUGCAAAUUGGUGAACGUGAUUGCGACGGCUUGUGCAAUUCCAGUUUUGUCGAACUUAUUUAUUUUUUAUUUUUUAAAUAUGUUUGCAUGGUUCCAAAAGAAAGGAAGGAAAGAAGGAAAUAUGUAGAGAGUCCGAGUUGAACGUGGGGAUCAAACCAAUAAGAGGUUCGAUCCCGGGAUGUUCUUCUAGUGUCGGGAAAUCCACAGAUGAAGUGGAAGAAGAUUACUCC